CCGGAGAUUUGGUCACUACGGCGACCCGGGUGAGCCGAAGCGUCGGCUCUAAAGAUGUGUCUCCUUUUGGGUGCCACUGGAGUCGGCAAGUCUCUGCUGGUGAAACGGCUGCAGAAGCUGAGCUCCCGGGAGGGGAAAAGUGACCUUGGUGACCCACCCCCCACCCAGCCCACGGUGGGCACUGAUCUCACUGACAUCAUAGCCCAGAAAAAGCUGACCAUUCGGGAGCUGGGAGGAUGCAUGGGCCCCAUCUGGUCCAGUUACUAUGGAGAUUGCCACUCUGUCCUGUUCAUGAUUGAUGCUUCUGACCCCACCCAGCUUUCCUUAUCCUGUGUUCAGCUCUUGGGCCUCCUUUCUGCAGAACAACUAGCUGAUGCAUCUGUCCUGAUCCUCUUCAAUAAGAUUGAUAUGCCCUGUUACAUGACCUUGGAGGAGAUGAAGUCCCUAAUCAGACUCCCAGACAUCAUUGCUUGUGCCAAGCAGUGCAUCACUACGGCAGAAAUCAGUGCCCGGGAUGGCACUGGUCUGGCAGGUGUCCUGCGUUGGCUCCAAGACACCCACAAGGCCAACAGCUGAUUGAAGAGUGAAGAAAUAUAGGUGACAUUUCAUUGUGAGGCUGAAGGAUGGAGAAGGCAUGUACUACUGUAGUGCUUUGUUGUCAGGACAGAAAGGCCCAGGCUGAGCCACUAGAAGAUGAGUAGGGUGGCCUAAGCUCAACUGGCUGAGUUAGCAAGGCAAAUGGAGGCUGUUUACAAGGGUCCGAAAAUCUCUGGUAGCCGAGCUGCAAACUAAAGAGGCUGACCCUGGCACUGAGAGGCUGCCUGGGCAGCUGGCUUCCCCCUUAGAAAAGUCGCUGAGUAUGCCUAAUGCUUCAUCUUUGGAAGAUUACACAACAUCUCAGCCUUUGAUUUCCCAGUGCAAUUUGCUGGCCUCUCUCUGGCCCUGAUAGCUUCCACUCUGUGCUGCCCCAGCCACCUCCCAGAAGCCCAAGCAGUGUAGAGCCACCCAGAUGUGGCUUAUCAACAACUAUUUGCGCUCUGCUUUUCUAUCCAAAUGCCAGAGGCAUAUGUGCUGGGUCUUCCAUCUAGCAGGUGCUAUACAUGUUUUCAUGGGAAUAAAGCCUAGAUUUUAAAAUGAAGCAGGUGUAUUUAUUUAGCACUUCGUGAUCAAUUGAGAAUCACCACAUAGUAAUACUUUUAAUAAUUCAUAUUCAUAGUGCUUUACACAUCUGGGUACAUGGGAUUAUUUUUGUUAUAAUAUACCCAAUCCAACAAGUGGUUAGCGAACAUAAGAUGCUUAAAACUGUUUUUAAAAAUUGAAUGAUAGCCCUGUAUUAUAUAUAUAUAUUUAUAUGUAUAUAUAUAUAUAUAUAUAUAUAUAUAAGGCAAACUGAGGUUCAGAAAAUUUAAAUGAUUUGUCCAGGUUUCAUAGCUAGCAGUUGUCAGUAUUUGAAUCUACUGAUUCCACCUCCACUACUCUUUCUCCUACAGUGUGACACAUAUACAAAUUUCCUCUUUUUUGGAAAUAUUAAAAUCUGAUUCUUAAAAUUGAAAAAACUCAUAAAAAUUCUAUAUUCCCUAUAUUUUAAAAUCCCCGUAGUUCAGUGUUAGAGAAUUUCUGAUCUCAUGAGGCAGUCCAUUUAUUCAGUUGUUGGAUGGUUCUGUUAAAUACUAGUACUUAAGUGGAACCAGCAUCUGCCUCAUUUGAACUUUCUUCCUCAUUAGAAUUUCCCCAGACUGCUCUCUGGAGCUCUAUAAGAUAGCUAUAUCCUCUCCCACAUAACAGCACUUGAAAAUUUUUGAAGCACUAUAACAUUCCUGCCACUUCCUCAUCCUUCCUUUCCACCUAGUCUUCUCAUCUUAAAGUUAGCUAUCAAUAAAAAUACAUUAAUAAACAUUGAAGCACCUACUAUGUGCCAAACACUGAGCUAAGUAAGUUACUUUCAAGGUUACCUAUCCCUCAGGUCUUUUCUUGUGACUUGAGCCUUCCUGGAGACUUCUUAGUUUAGAAGCAGAAUCCUUUUUGUAUGUCAAAUUUUAUGAACCUGAGUCUGGUAACAAACUUUCUCUGAGUUUCCCCCACCAUCUGUUGGAAGAGUCAGACUCUUCAGGCAGUGAAAGGAUUCAAGGCAUUCCUUAGAUCUGUUCCUGCCCCAGUUUGCUCUGACGGAAUUUACUUAAGGACAUUGCCUCUGCAUCAUUUCCAUGUGUCCAUUCCAUUCCACUGGAGAUAAUCUUUAUCAAAAUGGCAGAUGAUAAAUGACACUAGGGGAUAUUUCCAGGCAUUCCUUACAUUGUUAUACUUAGAUUGCACAGUCAUCCAGUUGGAAUGAUUAAGUCUUGCUGCACACCCUAUCAGGAAGGGUCCAAAUUGGAAGGCUCAUGGUAUGACACUAUUGGGUGUCACUCAUAUGAACAAGCAAUGCUCAUCAUAAUUCAUGUUCCUUGUUUGUUGUUAAUCAUUCUCAAAGAGGACCAAUGACUUCAGGAGGGUGAUGUCUUGACUUGCAAGUGAAUUGGAUUUAAAUGAGGCAGAGCUGGGCAAAGUCAUCAGCCUCACUCUCCUCCAGAGUCGUCAGACUGGGUAUGCUGUGGGAUGUAGUGGGAGACCUUGACUUUUUUAAACUAAAGGCUUUCCGGGGCAGCUAGGUGGCAGAGUGGAUAGAGCAACGGCUCUGGAUUCAGGAGGACCUGAGUU